AUGUACUAUGACUUCCCAAGCCCAGAGCGUGAAGAUCAACCGGGUGGAAGGGAUGCCCCUCAGCCAGCCGAAAGCCAUACUCGUGAUGAUGAGGCGGGUCGUUUGGCAAUGGAGCCUACUGGAGCGGAGAUUCUUGGAGGAGCAGAUGCGGACUGCCUACCGCAGCUGGUGGAUCCUCGAGACGUCCUUGAUGGUGGAGAUGCAGCUGGCUCUGCAGCAGAUAUGGGUUCCACAGGAAUUGGACAGGCGGCAGAGGGCCUGGUUGUUUCGACUCAGAUGCCUGACCUACCUCCUGGAUUCCAUGGUGACGUUCCUCCUGGACCAUUGGAGUCGAAGGUGGCAGCGGCGGUGGGAGAAGCAUCCGGCACUUCCUACAUUGCUAAGUCCCUUGAUGCGAUGGGAACGGUGCUGUCUUCUCUUCUGGGGAGGAUGGCAUCAUUGGAGCAACAGCGAAGCUCGAAUCGUUCGAGCACGCCCACCUCGGAUGGGAUCGAGGGACAGCUUCACCAGCUCAGUUUGAACGCAGAGUCAACCUUCAGAGAAGGGAGACCCUUCUUGGUGGAGAGACCUCUGGCUUCGGCGGAACGCAUCAUGGCUGGCACCUUCAGCAGUGAUGAUAGUGAAACGGCCAGACGGCGGGCUGAAGAGGCUCGAAGGGUGAUUCCUGGAGGGCUAAUGGGGCCCCAAGGGAAUUUGGAGCAGACUGGUGUGGGAGAAAGGUGGACUUCUGGAACACAGACAGGAUUGCCCCAGACUUCUUCGGCCAUGGACUUCGAGUAUGAGAGGAUGAAUGGGGAGAUCCCUCCUCCUCCUCCUUCAACCCUUGGGUACUUCUGGCCACCUGAGAGGCAGACUCACGCCGGUGCGGCGGGAAGUGCUGGACGAGGAGGAGAAGGAGUUGACACGGCACUGGGUUCCACGACGGGGGCCUUGUUGACCGGGAGGUCUGACGUCGGGAACACAGACAGGAUUGCCGCAGACUUCUUCGAGUGGGGGAGGGAUGCGAGUCAUGAUCGUCCGAGACCACCUCCUGGGCCUCCACCACCAUCACCUCCUAUGACCCCAAAGAGUAUGCCAAGAGCAAUCCCGUAUGGACUUUCAACUACUGCAAGUCGAACUCCUGGAGGCACUCCUGUACCAGCAUCCCCACCGGACAAUAUUGAAGAACCUUCCAAGUUAGUGAACAAGCUCCCCUGCCUGCCGUCUGUGAAGGGCACUACGGGCGGAGACGCGGCAGUGAUGGCAGGCGACUGGUUGGCACAGCUGGCCCCAUCCAUGGCUACACUGUCUCCAGGCGCGGCUACUUGGUGGAGAGAGUUACUUCAAAGCGUGAUGACUGCAUAUGCGGCAUGGUUGGAGAGUUCCCCUAUUGUGAGAUUGAACCUUCGCCAAAAGGUUCUUGCUGAUGUUCCUCCUUUGGAUAGGUUCCAGAGAGUUGAGCAGCGAGCCGCUAUGUUGCUUCUUGAGUGUCUGCCAGAGGAUCUGAAGGCGGAGGCGAUAUCCACUCGGGCUACGUCAGUCAAGGGUAUGUUGUUUCUUACACUUUGCUGCUAUCAACCGGGAGGAGCUGGGGAGAAGCAUCAUCUUCAACAGUUUCUCACAACUCCUGAAGUAGCCACAAACUUGGAUUCUGGAGUUACCUUAGCCAGAAAGUGGAUACGUCUUUUUCGUAGGGGCAAAGAACUUCAAGUGAUACUUCCUGACCCUCAGCUGCUUGUUCGAGGGCUAGAUCGCUUGAUUUCAAAGGUCCUUGCGGAGGGCAAGACGCAGUCGUCAUCAACGUUUCGUAUUGCUUCCUUUAAGCUGGAGCGUCAACUUGAUUACAAGCCUACUGAAUCAGGGGUAUUGGACUUUGCGCAGAUGAUUCUUGGAGAGUUAGAGGCUGCAGUGUUGGCCCUUGCCCCUGCUCCGGUCCCCAAAGUUGCUGCCUUCCAGGAAGCGCAGGAUGUCGACGGCAAUGUCAAGGGCAAGGGCAAGAGCAAGAGCAAAUCCAAGGCCGGAGCCAAGCCGUGCUGGAAAUGGACUGAUGGUUCUGGGUGUCGCUUUGGGUUAGCUUGUAGCUUUGCGCAUGAUCCUCUUGGACCGGGUCGAUGUUGGGUCUGUGGAAGCUCCGAGCAUAUGAAGCCACAGUGUCCAUAUGGGCAGACGACCACGGCUGGUGCUGAAGGGCACCAGGGGGGAGAUCAGCCGUCUGGUGGAGGAGGCGGACAUGAAGAACCAAAACCAAAGAAGCAGCCCAAGCGGAAGCCAAAAAAGGAAGCAGUGCGCAAGGCGGAGGAGGAGAAGCCGGAGGGACCGAAGCCGGCAGGAGAACCUUUGUCCUCGUCUUAUCAGGGGACUGUGGUGCCUUCAGGAAAUGCGUCGGCCUCGGCAUCUUCUCAGCAGGAGUUCCUUCAGGAGGCCACCAAGGUCCUGAAGUCUAUGAGGCUGGCAAAGUUGACCGGGGAUGGCGAAGGCAAGUGUCUGGUGGAUGGUGGAGCCACCACGUCGAUGAGGAGGGCGAGCUCGGAGGAUGAAGUUCGUGGACUUCCUUGUCGUACCGUGAAGCUGGCGGUUGGGGAAACUUAUUUUUAUGUGAAUGAGGCUCCUGACGUUGGAGAGCGUUGCUCCUAUCUUGGCGAUGGUCGAUUUGAUGGAGAUUGGGUGUCGGGUCACUUGGACAUCCAGUGA